UGCGUCGCUCUAUAAAAGGCUCUUGGCUGGAUGAUCGAAUGUUUUUCAAUGUGAAUUGGCCAAGAAAAUUGAAAUGAGUUCGAUAAAGAUCAUCGCAUUGUUUAUAGCUAUGCUAGCUGUAGUUUCUAUUGCAGUAGCAGAAACUCGUAGAAUGAGGUUAUUAGUUGAAAACAACACACCUUAUAUAAUGGCUAAAACAAAUCAAACAAAUAGACAAGUUAAAUUUUUGGUUGACACUGGAGCGAUGUCAUCUGUUAUAGCAGGAGAUAUGCUUAAAUCAACGGCAAUUUUAUAUGGUGAGCCCAUAACAUUUCUUGGAAAUAAUAACGAUGGAACAGAAUUCUCAACAAAUGGAAUGGUGGAUAUUGUUCUUCCACGAGAUCUUGGUUCAUUGACAUUACCAGUAUGUGUAAUGAACAGAAACAACUUGGGUGGCAAUGACGGUAUACUUGGACUCGAUAUCAUACUGAGAUAUUAUAUGACAAUUAACAUCCCCUCUCGGUAUAUUCAAUAUUUCGUAUCAAAUACAGGUCCAAGUGGAUCAAAAUUAACAAGGCUAUUAUCAAAAGUUAAAACAUAAACAAUAUUCUAUCACAUGCUUGAUGAUUUUGAUGAAUUAUUCAAUUUUUUUCUACUCACAUUUUACAAAUCAGCAAUUUUUGUAUG